AGAGAGGGUAAAGAGUUCUUUUUGCAGCAAAAAUAUAGAAAUACUUGGGUUUAUCUGUCUAUCAUUCCUUUGUUUUUUAAUUUUCUACCAAUACGGGGAUCAGCAGCCUGCAUUCCUGAACACGCUGGCCAGUGGCUAAAACGGGUGAGCAUGAAACUAGAGGCGCCAGAAAGCUUUGAGGAUGUUGUGAUUGAAUUUCCGAGUGAAGAAUGGAAGAUGCUGAGUAAGGAAGAAAAGGCAGUGUACAGGGAAGUCAUGAUGCAGAACUUUGACAACAUGGUUUCACUAGGAUACAAGAUCCCCAUAGAGCAUCUGUGGUUACUUAUUGGCAAAGAUGAGGAAGUAUCAUUUGGUACUAUAAAAGGAGGGGUAACAUUGCAGCAAAGUCGGCUCUCUGAUGGCAGCUUCACCAACAGUAGGCAUGCAGAUUUCUUUAACAUUCAGAUUCGUCAGUCAUUUCAUUGGAAGCACACUAAUUCUGAACAUGACAGUGUUUCACCAGUUCAAAUGGUUGCUAGAGGUGACCUGAUGCAGACUGCAACAAGACACGAUAUCAGCAAAUCUGAACUACAAAUGCAUCUGGAAACUCAUAGAGAAGAAAGCUCCUACAAGUGGAUUAACUGCAACAAUAAUUUAACAGUUCCCAGUAACAUCUUAACUAAUCAAGGAAUUCACAGUGGAAAAACACCAAAGGAAACAUUGGUAACACAUGAUCGACUUUCCAUUAAAGAAGGAAAGUAUAAACGUUCCACACGUGAGAAAACUUUGUGGCCAGAUGAAAAAAGUUUAGCACAGCAUCAGGUACUCCAUAAUACACAAAAACACUAUAACAAUAUCACUUCUGACAAAACAUUUACACAGAAGCGCACUGUGGUAAAACAUCAGAUACGUCUCAAUCCACACGAACUUUAUAAAUGUGCCAUAUGCAGCAAGAAAUUUACCCAGAAGGAAGAUAUGCUACAGCAUCAGUUAGUGCAUAACCUACAGAAACCCCAUCAAUGUGCCACUUGUGGCAAGAGUUUUGCAACUAAAAAGAGUUUGGCACAACACCAGGUUGUCCACACACGACUGAAACCCUAUAAAUGUGACUCUUGUGAUAAGUGUUUCACAGCCACAAGGAUUUUGGUAGCUCAUCAGGUUGUGCACACGGGACAGAAGCCUUAUAAAUGUGCAGUGUGUGACAAGAGAUUUACACAGAAAUGUAACAUGGUCAAACAUCAGCUAGUGCAUACAGGUCAGAAACCUUAUAAAUGUGCUACAUGUGGCAAAGGUUUCACAUCUAAGAAUAGCCUAAUAGUGCACCAAAAUGUUCACACUGGACAAAAACCUUAUAAAUGUCCUAACUGUGGCAGGAGUUUUUCAGUGAAAAGUAGUCUGGUAAAACAUCAAAAUGUCCACACGGGGCAAAAACCAUAUAAAUGUGACACAUGUGACAAGAGUUUUAAGCAGAGGCGUAGCAUUGUACUUCACCAGUUAGUACACAGUGGGCUGAAACCUUUUAAAUGUGCAAUAUGUGAUAGGGGUUUUACGUGCAAGACAAGCCUGGCAUUGCAUCAGUAUAUCCAUUCUGAACAAAAGCCAUACAGAUGUGCAACAUGUGGCAAGGGUUUUGCAGUUAAAAAAAGCUUGGAGGUUCAUGAGACUAUCCACACCGGACAAAAGCCAUAUAAAUGUACCAGAUGUGGCAAGGGAUUUACAAGGAAAAGUAACCUAGAAAAUCAUCAUUGUAUCUAUGGUGGAGAGAAGCCACAUAAAUGUGACACUUGUGACAAGAGUUUUACACAGAGGUGUAGCAUGUUAAAACACCAGUUUCUGCACACGGGGCAGAAGCCUUAUAAGUGUACCACAUGUGGCAAGGGUUUUAUACAGAAGUGGAACAUGUUAGAACACCAGUUAAUACACACUGGGCAGAGGCCAUAUAAAUGUACCACAUGUGGCAAAGGUUUUACUAAGAAGGGUAAUAUGGUAAAACAUCAAUCUGUCCAUUGUAGGCAAAGUCAAUCAAAGAAUCAUAGAAAAUGAUGAACUUUAUAUCACAUGGGAUCACCCAACACCAACAGUUCAAA